AUGCAGAUGAAGCAUGUUGCUUGUGGGCUGGCUUUCCUCUCUGCCUGUGCUGUCGUGUUGCUAUCUCUAAGCCAGCGUUCGAGCAUCUCCUCUCUGUUACAGACGUCCCGUCAUGUCCGCGUUCAUCUGGGCCCAGGGAACCCCUUGAUGAAGAACAUAGUCAUCGACAAGGUUUACUUUCCCCCCGGUAGUCAUGAUUCAGGCCUCGCCAGUGUACAUGGAGUAGUCAACGGAGAGUAUGUGCAGGGCAACUUGCGCAUCAAGAGGAUAGCUCAUUAUCACCCACGCGACGGCUCCUGGUCCGGGGUCGAACAGUCGCGUGUAGCGAGCUAUAACCCGUCGGCUGUGCAGCAAAUUGUCUCAAACUCAAUCCAACACGCGAUGCUGAACCUGUUGGAACCAGCUGAAGAGCAGGAGAAUCCGUCGCUACCCAGAAGUUACGAAGCUCCUGAAACGAUAGUGAGCCGAGACAUCACCAAGGCAGCGAUGAACGCGGUUGAAGAGGUUCUGCAGCCGAAAGAGACGAGCCUGCGCUCCCAUCCCUCCAAGCUUCACAGUCUCAACUCGCCAGAGAAGAGCAGCGUCAGCAAUGAGAAGAGGAGAAGGCGCGGGGGCACCGGCACGGUUGGCGGGUGCUCCUGCAAGGGCUCAUUUGAAUACGAGGGGGAGGUCUUCCACUCUUGCACAAGGAGAGGACGCGAUCGCGCCUGGUGCUACACGCAUGAUGGAUGCGGACACACGGAGGCAGAGGGCUCGUGGGAUUACUGCGAGGACCCGAUGGUUCGGACAGUCAAGGGCUGCGAGUGCGACUUCCCUUUCCUGUACAAGGGACGAGUACAUCGACAGUGUGUGGCGGUUCCAGGCAGCAAGGGAACCUCGUGGUGCAAGACCAGAGGAGAAUGUGGGCAAGCAGGAUACAUCCAGACAUCUGGGGAUAGAGCUCGAUGGGACCAUUGCGAACUUCCUCCUCCCGCCGUUGCUGUCGCACUGCGCGAUGAGAUGUUGACUGAGGGUCGAGCCGACAGCCGCCGAGCCAGGACUUGUGGGGCAAGCUUCUCAGACGCGUCGAAGCACAGCAACCCCUUCCACUUCUCUGCGGAGUGCGCCAGAGGAGAAAUCUGUGGCUUCAUGUGUUCGGAUCCCAACUUCUGCCCUAACUGUGCUGGCAACAACUGUCGAUGCGCGACACCUCGACAAGUCGGGGAACAUUGCGGAGAUUCUAGCAAUCGGCCUCCAAGCUACUCCUCCUACACUUGCAAGUCAGGUCGUUGCGUGUUCAACUGCACGACUCUUGGCAGCGAAUGCUCCACCUGCAACAACGGCAAUUGCGUCUGUGCAGCCUGA